AGCCAAUGUGGGGGAAGGCACCAUGGCUAGUCAUAAUAGAUCCGAUAUCAUUCAAGAACAAUCCCAUAACCAACAGUGGUCUACUUCAACCUCGGUCAAAGAUCAUAAAUGGAUAGUAUAGAAUGGUAUUGAGCCUUGGAUGGGAUCAAGAUCGGCUAAUUGAGCACAACAACUUCACUAAGCCCAACAAGUUGCGAAGGGGCAUCUGAAAUUCAGAGACCAUACCACAUUAGACCUCGCCCAGUUGAAAAACAAAAACAAAAACAGAAACAAGAAACAGCUACACUGCAUCCCUUACUCAAAAGAGAAAUGAGGGGGCACUUGUCAUCCUGUCUUCAUCAAUCGAGUUGUUACCGAAAUGGAACUUCAAUACCAACAAUUCCGAAAGGCCGACAUCAUUGAAAAAGUUUGUGUCAGAAUUGCUUCUACUUUUACAAGCAAUGGCAACCCAUCUUGCUAUGUGAGUUUGCAAGACAUUCGGGACGCGUUCCCAGAUGCAGCGCGAUUCAAGUUGAACGGACUUCCUAUUCCAUUCUUUAUAGACCCUAAUGGCAAUAGAAUUGAGCCUCCAUGUAUUGCGUUCUAUCCUAAUAAGGUCCUGGAUGUCAUUACAGAGGCACCACAGCCCAACAACAUCAACAUCAACAGCAACAGCAACAGCAACAACAGCAACAUAUACAGCAAUACAGUCAUUCAUUUGCCUGGAUUGAGAAAGCCGGGAAAUCAAGCCUCGCAAGAAUCACUUUUGCCAUUAUCAAAUCUGAUUCAAUCUUUCAAUUUAUUUCUUAUUACUCCCAGCGAUACACAAAUCGAGGCGAUCAACUCUAAUCUUGAGAAGAUUGCAGAAUUGCUGUUGGAGGCCAGCAAGAAGGAUGAGAAAAUUAAUCUGUUGGAAGCCCAAGCGAAGGGAGAUACAAUGAAUAAUCUACUACUGGAAGUUAAGGAAAAGGAUGACAAGAUAGUUAGUCUUCUGUUGGAAGCCAAAGACAAAGGUGAUGAUAUACUUAGGCUGCAAGACAAGGUGCUUUGCCUGCAGGACAAGAUACUUAAACUGCAAUCAGAGGCCAAGGAGAAGGAUGACAAAGUGCAACAUCAUUCGACGUACAAAGAGAGUGGAGAGAAAGUGUUAGAAAAUGCAAUGAAGACGAAUGGCGGCAGUUAUGAUUUGCACCUUGGCAAAGCGACUAUCACAUUAAAAUCCAGAGACAGAGCUGAAGAGUUCUUCAAUGCCCUAACCAAUGCAAAACGUGUCUAUGACCUGGACGUUACAUUCGACUGGGAUUGGACAGAGACUGAUCUUGCAGCAUUUGGGAGCGCGCUAACUCUUUCAAGUAUAUCGAUUCUUCGACUUGGGCUUGGGCGAUCUCAAGGAAACACCAGCAAAAAAGUGGUUUCAACAUCCAAAGGGCACGAAACGCUUGCUCGCAUCAUAGAACUCAGCAAUAUGAAAAUGAUACAUAUUGUUCUACCUCCAGAUCUCAUAAAACUGCUCAUUUUAUGGCCCAGGAGACCGCCGCACCUUCAUAAGCUAACAUUUGAGAUGGGAUUUCAUUCAAUUGGAGCCAGCGGAUUACCCGUACUUGUAAAUUCACUCAAGACUAGCACGACUCUGGCUAUUUUAAACUUGGAGAACAACUUGAUCAGGGUUGAUGGAACUGUGGCACUGUCAGAGGCACUGAGGACUAACACGUCUUUGACAGCUUUAAACUUAUGUCGCAACGCAGUUGAGGAUAAGGGAGCUGUAGCACUCUCAGAGGCACUCAAGACUAAUACAACUUUGACCAUUUUAGAAUUGGGAAGCAACUCUAUUGGGGUUAAAGGAGCCAUAGCAUUAUCAGCGGCACUGAAGGCUAACAAUACUUUGACGAUUUUGGAUUUGAGUAGCAAUUCGAUUGGAAAGAAAGGAAGUCUGGCACUGUCAGAGGCACUAAAGGUUAAUACAAGCUUGAUUACUUUGAACUUAGGGAAAACCUUAAUUGAGAAUCAAGGAAUUUUGGCGCUCUCCAAGGCACUCAAGGUUAACAAAACUUUGAUCACUUUGGACUUGAAGGGCAAUACAAUAGGAGAGAAAGGAGCGCUGGCGCUGUCAGAGGCAACCAAGGCUCGUACAACCUUGACCAUCCAUAAAUGAGAGUGUUCAAUCGAUAACCAGAGAGCCUUAUUGCUGUUUGAGAUACUGCACGACUUUCUUUUUUUUUUUCGUCAUUUGAGUAACUUGAUCAUUUAUAUAGUAUUUAAGAAAAUUAAAUAAAUAACUGACUUUUCAAAGCAAUGAGUUCUUCGAUAUUGGUUCUUCGAUAUUAGUCCUUCGAUAUUAGUCCUUCGAUAUUAGUUCUUCGAUAUUGGUUCUUCGAUUACUUGCAGAGUAAUUCCCCC